UUCACUUAAAAGAGCCGUUCAAAAGACCGACUCGUUCAGGAACAUCACAUCUCUAUGACGUAUAUUUCAGGGGACAUAAGGAGGGCGGUUUGAAAGGAAAGAGUCAACUUUUGUCAACAUGUUUGAAAUAAAUGAAAUGAUCAGAUAAGACAGAUAUUACUAUCAGUAAGAUACCUUUGUGUUAAAUGGUAGAGAGUAAUCUCUCAUGUUGAAUGGACUUCUCCGUGUGGCUAACGUUAAAUAAACUUGGUGUUAGCUAGGUGUCGCUAGCUGUAGAUGAUGUCCAGCUCGGUCCGAUGAUUGUCUUCAUUUAUUUCAGCCAAAUGUUGAACAAGUAAACUCCAGCAUCAGGUCAUUUCUCCGCAUUUGUAUAACAUUGAAUUUACCUGUCAAAAUGGCGAGUGUGCAUGAGAACUUAUACUUUAACCCCAUGAUGACGAACGGAGUGGUCCAUGCUAACGUGUUUGGGAUCAAAGACUGGGUCACUCCGUAUAAGAUCUCAGUCCUGGCGCUGCUAUACGACAUGACUGCGUCCAAAAUCACACUGCCAGAGAGAAGACGACUCAACAAACUCAUCCUGCCCCUACAGCAGGGUCCAGACCUGACUCUGGGUCAGUUCCUGAAGACUGUGGAGGAAUGUUGCCCUCAGACUGCAUAUGCUGUCAAACUCAGGCUUCAUGAGAUGGCAGACGGAGAGCUUAAAGACAUGGAGUACUUCUUUUCCACUCUUCCCACACCGUUCACUGCUUUUGAUUCAGAGGCGUAUAAAACCAGUGUCGUUGGUCUGUUCAUGAGACACAUGCUGCUAGCCUACAACAAGCUGUCUUUCAGUCAGGUCUACAAGCUGUACAAGUCUCUGCAGCACUAUUACCACAGUCACUACGCCAAGCCCACUGAUGGGCAGGUGAGUCUGCCAGCGCUGGCUGCUGACGACUCUGAGAUGGACCUCACCAGUACAGAGGACACCGUGGGGGACAGAAUGGACAAAGACGAGAUGGACACCCCACUGCAUGAGUCAGAGCUCCGAAACGACAACACACCAGGCAGAGGCCCCUUGUCACAAAAACAGGCAGAGUACUUUCUUGCAAGACAGGCCUAUCUGUUGAAAAACGAUGAAAAUAAAGCUCUAAAGCCGGCUGCUCUGCAGGAGGAGCUCAACAACAUGCUCAAGUUUAAUCCAGAUUUCGCUGAAGCGCAUUACUUGAACUACCUGAACAGCAUGAGAGUGCAGGAUAUCUUCCUCUCCGCCCACAGCCUCCUGCAUUACUUCGACCGCCUCAUCUUGUCUGGAAAUGAAGGAAAGAGCAAUGGGGACGAGGGCUAUGGAAGAAGUCUCCGCUACGCUGCUCUAAACCUGGCAAGCCUGCACUGUCGCUUCGGCCACUAUCAGCAGGCUGAUCUAGCUCUACAGGAGGCGAUCCGCAUUGCCCAAGAGUCCAAUGAUCAUGUGUGCCUCCAGCACUGUCUGAGUUGGCUCUACACACUGGAACAGAUGAGGGGAUCUGACAGCACGGUGUUAACUGAGGAUUCAGUGAAAAUGGCUGCCCAUUUCUGCCUGCCAUACCUGGCGUCUCUAGGCAUUCAGUCUUUAGUCCAGCAGGGGGCAACGCAGGGCAAGACGGCCCACAAACUGAUGGACGCACUGAAGGACACAGACAUCCUGCACUGGAAGCAUAGUCUGUCAGAGCUGAUCGAGAUCAGCCUGGCUCAGACCACGUCCAUAUGGAGGAUGUACGGCAAGAGCACCAUGGCUCUGCAGCAGGCCCAGCUGCUUCUCAACAUGAGCAGCCUGGAGCCGGUCAACUUUGGGGUCCAGCAGAACAACACAGAGGCGUUUGCCGUGGCUCUCUGCCACCUGGCCGAGCUGCAUGCAGAGCAGGGCCUGUACAGUGCAGUGUCAGAGAUUCUCCUGCACCUGAAAGAGCAGUUCCCUCCUCAUUCACAGCAUGCCAAGCUCUGGAUGCUGUGUGAUUUGAAAAUCCAGUUUGACAGACACAUGCACGAAGGAAAAUACCAUUUAGCGGAGCCACUCGUCACAGCAAUCUCUGCCUUGAACAAAGCAGAAGGUCUCUACAGGAAAGCUCUCGUUCUGAAGGCCCUAAACCGGAGUACUGAAGCGUACAGCAUCUUACAGCGACUGCAGACGCACUGUGAGAAGAAGAAAUGUACAGAGGUGGUCAUCAGAGUGAUGCUUUCCACCGCUGAGCUCCACUGGGAGUCGUCUGGCUUCUCCACAGCUCUUCCUCUCCUCCUGCAGGCUUUGGCUCUGGCUAGACAGCACCACCUACAGUCCCUGGCCUCUGAGACAAUCCUUCACCUGGCCUUCACUCAGCUGAUGCUGGGGGUUCCUGAGCAGGCUCUGUCAGUUCUGCAUGAAGCCAUUGAGCCUAUUCUGGCCCACGGAGCAGUCAUGGACAAAGGCCGAGCCCUGCUGCUGACGGCCCGCUGUCAGAUGGCGGGGGCUGGGUUCAGGCCAAACGGACAAGGGCAAGCAGAUAUGCAUUGGGCGUUUUUGGCUGUAAACACAUUAAAUGAAGCUGCGGCAUAUUUCUCCAAGCUGAACUGCAAGGAGCGGCUGCGGGACGUCCACUAUCUGCAGGCUCAGCUCCACCGUUCUUUGGGACAAACCUCCCAGAGCAACAAAAGUGCCAUGCUCUUCCGGCUGCUGGACCAGGAGCUGCAAUCACCUGCACCUCCUGUGUCCAUGAGGCUCUAACUGCUUCCCAUCCAACCACAACCUGGAGUAAUUACCUGACAGAAAUAACACGACACAUAUUGCUCACCACUAGAUGGCAGUGAUGAUCUGUCCCGCGUCUUUUGGGUCUCUUGCCUUGUCAUGUAUAAAUAUUUUGAACUAGAGGAACAUCUGGAACUCGUUGUAUGCAGUUUCAUAUAAUAUUAACAGAGGACAAUGUAAGUGGCCAUAAACAAGAGUGAAUUUCCAGCUCACUGAGAGUAGCUCUCUUGAUUCCAGUCAGGCAUACAUUUGAAUGAUGACCUGAUGAUAAAUAUAACAUGUUGUUUAACAGCUUCCACCACAGCUACAUCCCAGGUAUGUGAGACAGACAUUAAAUGCCAGCUAAAGUGGUAAAAAUGUCCAAAGUUUAUCAGAACCUGCCCUGGCCACGCACUGCUUUUGAUGAAUGAGGGUAAUAUCACAGUUAGCUACAAGAUGAAUGUGUUUCAGUGGCCUGGAUGAUUCAUAUUUCCCCAGAAGAAUACUGAUGAAGCUGAAAUCCGGGGGGAGGAAAUCGGGAUUACAUUCAUAAUGUAAUGGACCCACUUUGGCAUGAAAUCUGAUACUGUAUCUGUAUUCUGUUUAUGUCUGACACAUUGUGCGAACAAUUGUAGCCGAUAACGUUUAAUUGUCCUGGCCGGCCAGUAGUUUAUUACGUACAGCACUUCUUUCAAGAACAUUAAAAACUUGUUUCCUCUUAUUUAGCUUUCAGUCUGUCAGACGCAUUGAUGGGAAUAAUUCAGAAAGGAAUACAUCUGCAGAGCAGCUUUCGCAGUGGUGAAGUUAUACAUGUUACAGUUUUACAACCCCAGUUCUAGGAAGAUGUGAAGCUGUGUAAAAUGUUUAUUUAAAACAAAAUUUGAGGGGUUUGUGAAUCAUUUGAGCCCUAUAUUAAAUUAAGAAUAGUGCAAAGACUACAAAGAAAAUGUUCAAACUUGAAAGUUUUAUUGUUUUAUGGAAAAUAUGUAUACUCUUUUUAUAGUUGAAGCCAGCAAUAUGUUUCAAACACUGAUAAAGUUGUGUAAUGUUAAGGGUAAACAACUGGAAGAACAUCUCCCUACUAACUAGGUUGAUUUGCAACAGGUUAGUAACAUGACUAUAAAAGGAGCAUUCCAGAGAUGCUCAGUCUCUCAGAAGAUGGGAAAGGCUUCUUUGCGUCGGAAAAGAAUAGAAUCAUUUUCCUCCACAUAAAAUUUAGAGAUCUCGUCAUCUACAUUACAUCCUAUCAUUAAUAAUUUCUUUAAUCAUCUCUGUAUUAAAGGGACAAAGCCCAAAACCACAGACUCACAGGCAACACUACAUUAAAAACAGUUAUGGCUCUGUAGUGGAAAUCACUGCACAGGCUCAACAUCACUUUCAAAAAACACUCUCUGAAUACAGUGUGUAACUGCAUCCACAAAUGCAAGUUAAAACUAGCAUGCAAAGAGGGAACCAUAUAUAAACAUGGUCCAUUGAAGAUAGACUGAGGGGAAGUGGAAAACUCUCCUGUAGUCUGUUGAAUCAAAACUGAAAUCAUGGACACCGCAUCUUCUGCUCUAAAAAGGAAAAAGACCAUCCUGUUGUCAGCGCAUAGUGCAAAAGCCAGCAUCCCUGAUGGUAUGGAGACACAUAAGUGCCCAUGGCAUGGGCCGCUCACAUAUCUGUGAAGGCUCCAUUAAUGCUGAACAAUAUAUACAGAUUUUGGAGCAACAUAUGCUGCCUUCCAGACAAUGCCUUCUUCAGGGAAGACAUCAAGACAUUACCAAACCACAUUCUACAUGUUACAACAGUAUGGCUCUGUAGUAAAAAAGUGCAGGUGCUAAGCUGUCCUUUCUGCAGUCCCAACUUGUUACCCUUUAAAAACAAUUGGCCAUUCAAUCUGUUGAGAAGCUGGGGUCCUAUAUUAGGCAAGAAUGGGACAACAUUUCACUUUCAAAACUCCAGAAACUAGUCUCCUCAAUUCCUAACUAUUUACAGCAUGUUAUUAAAAAAAGAGGUGAUGCAAGACGAUGGUAAACAUGCCGGUGUCCCAACUGUUUUGGAACAUGUUGCUGGCAUGGAAUUAAAAUGAGUACAUAUUUUUAUAAAACAAUUUCAACAUUUGUUAUGUAGUCCAUGCACUAUUUUCAAUUACAUGUACGAUUCAUUUUCAUUUAAAUGAUUUGCAAACCAUCACAUUUUUUUUUGUAAUAACAUUUUAAACAGCAUCCCAACAUUUUGGAAACAGUGUUUGUAUUUAAACUUCCUUCUUGUCCAUAUCUUGAA